GUAGAGUUUAUUUAAAAUAUAGUCAGUUGUCAUCUUUUGGAGAAGCAGCUGCCAUGCUGGGGGCAGACUUGCCCUUUCGACUGGUCUUUAUUGCCAGUGUGAUGUACACAGCAGAAAUUAGCAUUGCAAACGGCAUGCAAAGCUCUCACUUUUGUCCAACAACUAAAACUGUUAUUGAAACAAAAUCGCAACCCUGCAAAGAUAUUAUGAACAUGAUUGCCGAAGGCUAUUUCCUGGAUCACAAUACAACAGAGUCAAAGAAAGUCAAUGUCACUAGCAAAUCAUUUAUAAAUUCCAUGUUAAACUCAAACAAAACAUGUGCUUUUAAAAAGACUGCUGAAAGCAUCCAACAAGGCUGUUGUUAUGGAUAUAUGGGUUCUUCUUGUGACCAAGCCAUUUGUGACCCACCAUGUGAAAAUUUUGGUGUUUGUGUUGCCCCAAACUACUGUUCGUGUUUGAUUGGUUAUGUUGGCUACCGAUGUGAUGACAGGAUUGCUGAUACAUCUCCUACUCAAUAUUAUUGCUAUAAAAAUACUGAUUGUGAUGGAGUGAAAUCAGAAAAAGCAGGAAAUAAUGUGAUGUCAAAAGAUGACUGUUGUAAGAAACACAAAGGAGGGAGCUGGGGUUUACCAAAUCAUCAAUGUUCACAAUGCUGGGAUGCCGAUUCCAGCAACCACUCCAGUCCAGGUAGUACUUGUCAUGUUUAUGGCGCCAACCGUAUUCGUACAUUUGAUGGAGCAUGUUAUGAAUUUCUGGCUGAUUGUCAGUACACUCUUGCUCACAAUAAGGACUUUUGGGAUAUUUCUUUGCACUACAAGAAUUGCAAAUCCUUAAAAUCUUGUACCAUGACAUUGAUCCUAAAAUUUGGUCAUUUGGAAAUCAAAGCAGAAGGAUUUGAUGUAAAUAUUCAGAAUGAAACUGUCGACUUCAAUAAAGGAAUAAUAUCAAAAGGUAUUACAAUUAUGAAACGGUAUGAUUACAUUUCAAUUGAAAGCAGCACAUCUGAUAUACAGCUUUUGUUCAAUGAAAACAUGUACAUAGAGCUGACUCUAGGAGAACAGUACCGAAAUUCCAAAACAAGUGGUUUGUGUGGAAAUUUUGAUGGAAACCCCACUAAUGACUUUUACAAGAGAGAUGGUGAAGCUUCAUCGUCUGAAAUUGCCUUCAUGACAUCAUUCAAAAGUUUUGAGACUGAACAUAUGUGUGUUACAGAAGCCUUUGGACCUUGUAAAAAUGUCUCAGAGAAUAGCAGAUGCUCAGAACUAUCGGAAAAGCUUUUUGCGAAUUGUCAUGAAAAGGUCAACCCAGACAAAUGGAUACGAUUUUGUGAGACUCAAGUUUGCUUGAACAAAGAAACUGACUCUAUCUAUUGUGAAAUUUUCAAUUAUUAUGCUAUGGAAUGUGCAUCUGCUGGAAUUAAUAUUGACUGGAGGAAAGACUCAUGUAGAAAAACCUGUCCUAAAGGAUUUGUCUUCAGUGAACAAGUUCCUCUUUGUCCAUUGACCUGUGACAGCAGCAACAGUGAAUUUGAAAGCAAGACUUGUGACUUCGGAUCCAGACCAUCAUGCCAUUGUCCAAAAGGACAAGUCCUAGAAAACAACACAUGUAUCAAUGCUACAGAAUGUCCAUGUUGGUACCAGGAAAAGAAAUAUAAACACGGUGCCAAAGUUAAAAUGGAAUGUAAUACCUGUGAGUGCAAACAUGGACUCUGGGAAUGUGGCAAAAAAGCUUGUCCAGCAAUUUGCCGGAUACUUGGAAGGUCAAAUAUUAAAACUUUUGAUGGAAGCUUUUAUGAUUUUGAACCAUCUGCUUGUGAAUAUACAUUAUUAGAAUCACGGGCUGACAAUGAUUUAAACUUGAAGAUCACUCUGAUGUAUUCAAAAUGUAAAGAAAUCUGGAUAGAUGAUCUGAACUGUAUUAAAAGCUUCACAAUUAACCACAACAACCACUCUUUGCACAUAUGUAACAACGACACCACUGUCAAUGGAAUUCGCUUUUCCGGUCAGUCCUAUUAUAACGAAGAGAUAAGUGUUGUUCCUGUUUCGUCUCACUUUAUACUUAUUGCUGCCCAGGGAUUUCGCAUAUUAUACAGUCAAGACCAACAAAUGUAUAUCCAGCUCGAUGAUACUUUUAAAGACAAGAUCCAGGGAUUGUGUGGAAACUUCAAUCAUGAUAUCAAUGAUGAAUUUUAUGAAUCUUCUAGUCUGCUUAUGGAUAAGUAUAACUUUGUCUCAGCAUAUAAAGAGGAACUCUGCCCUGAACCACAAAGAAAAGACAUUGAAACGCAUCCAUGUUCUGUAUUUUCAUUUAAUAUAAAACAAAAAGAUGAAAAUUGUGCCAUAUUUGAAAAUAGUGAGUUGUUAGGUGCCUGCUAUGAUGUGGUUCCUUAUGAACAUUUCUUCCAUCUUUGUCAAAAAGAGAUGUGUACCAGUACUCACAACAACAAUGCUGCAAUGUGUAUCGUACUUGAAACCUACCUGAGAGAGUGUGCACUCCAUGGGACACAUAUUAAAUUAUCAAAGGCCAUUGCUGAAAAAUGUUCUUUUCAAUGUCCACAUGAGAAAAAUAAACAAUAUACUCUAUGUUCAUCUUGCAAAGCAACAUGCCAUACAUUUGAGUCCAAGUCAGAUUUAUGUGAAGAAGAUUGCAUCCCAGGUUGUGUAUGUACAUCAGGCACUUAUCUAAACAGUGAUGGUAAAUGUGUACCACUGGAAAGUUGUGACUGUGUUGAUGUAACUACUAGUAAAAAGUACCCUGCUGGCUCUGAGUUCUUUAAUUCAUGUGGAAAAUGCAAAUGUGUCAAUGGUACAUUCAAAUGUUCCAAAGAAAAAUGCAAAGAAGAAGUUAUUUGCCCAAAGAAUCAAAUAUAUUAUGAAAAUGUAACCUGCGUAAAAACUUGUCAAAAAUUAACACAUCAAGGGAAAUGUACGACUUUACCGCAUCAAGGUUGUGCUUGUAAAACUGGAGAUGUUGUUGGACCUGAUGGUUCUUGUGUGAAACCAUCAUUAUGUCCUUGUCGCUAUGACCAAUAUUGGAAGCCAUCAGGAUCAAGUAUAAAAAUUGGCUGCAAAAAAUUAUACUGUAGUGGUGGAAUAUGGCAAAGUAAGAAAAUUAAAGACUGUCCAGCUGUUUGUUGGGCAUCCGGAGAUCCUCACUACAAAACAUUUGAUGGCAAACAUUUUUCUUUCAUGGGAGACUGUUCUUAUACAUUGGCUCAGGCAAAAGAUAAAAGCUUUUCUAUUACUGUCCGAAAUGUAAAAUGUGGUUCAUUUGGAGUCACUUGUACAAAGGAGGUUUAUAUUGCAAUCCUUGGAAAUUUCAUUCACUUAGUUAUGGGUAAAACUCCUACAAUUAAUGACGUUCAGAUACCAGCAUCAGGUUAUAAAGGAACUGGACUUGAAAUCAGAUAUGCUGGUCUAUUCUUAAUUGUAUUCUCAAAUCAUGGACUAACUGUUUUAUGGGACUUUGCUUUAUCUAUUUUGAAUUCCACCAUUACAAAUUAUUUAUCUUCAUAUCUUUUGAUGUUUCUAAAUCCUUACAGCAUGAAUGACAAGCAAUCUUUGCUGCAAAAUGUAGAACAUUUAAUUUGGGCUGAAGAGAAAUGUAAAAUCAUAUUGUCAGGAUUAAUAUUUGAACGAUGUAGAAAUGUCCUUCCUUCAACAAUUGUUAAAAAAUACUAUGAUGACUGUCUAAAUGAUGCAUGUGGUUGUGACAACGGCAGAGGUGGUGAUUGUCUAUGCACUGCUAUUGCAAACUUUGCCACAGAAUGUACUUUUCUUGGAGUUCCUACAAGAUGGCGGACUCAAUCACUUUGUCCAAUCCAGUGUGAUAUAGGUUCAGUAUAUUUUGAAUGCGGAAGUGCAAAACCAAAAAUGUGCAAUGAUUUAUCAGAAAAAAUAAAUAAAGAAAUUGGUUCAGAAUCAGCUCCCUGUGUUGAAGGUUGUUUUUGUCCACAUGGUUAUGUAAUGGAAGAAAAUGAAUGUAUACCUGAAUCAGAAUGUCCUUGCUAUCUUGGAAUUGCCAAAUAUCCAUCUGGAACUAAAGUUUCAUUAGAUCUGUGUACAGUUUGUACUUGUUAUGGAGGAAUCUUGGAAUGUAGAAAUAACACCUGCACUUGCCCUGAAGGACAGUUCCAUUGCAGAAAUAAUGAAUGUAUUGACUCUAAAAAGAUUUGUGAUAAACAUAAUGACUGUCAAGAUGGAUCUGAUGAGUCAUUGGAUAUCUGCAAUGAAGAAUCCAUUUCAGCAAAAGCACCAAACUAUCAGAAGCCUAAAGAAAAACCUGUAUGCAAAUUCACAAAUAUUAUGAAAGAUCCUGAUAUCCUGCCAACAAGUGCUAUUCAAGCUUCAAGUUAUAACAUCAAUAAUAAAGCAGAAGAUAUUCGACCUGGUGAACAGUUGUGGUAUUCUGCAGAUAAAGACAAGUUUCCACACAUAACCAUUGACAUCUCAAAUAUUAAUUCCCCAAUGGAAAAGGUUUCUUUAGCUCGCCCUCACAAUAUUAAAUCAUUUGAAGUUCUCUUAAUGAAUGGAAAAAAAGUACUUAAAACAUACAAGGCUAACACAAGACAAGGAGUAAAUUUAUAUGACAAAACAGCAACUCAUAUAAAGGUGAAUUUAUUUCCGAUCGAUGUCAAACAAUGCAUUGCUACAGAAGUUUCGAUCUUUGCUUGUAUGAGUGAAAGUCCAAUAACCACACCUGAGGUAACCACCAUAUUAACCCCAACUACAUUUCUACCAACCAAAUCAUGGUGCAUAUUCAAUGAUGGCUUGGCAGAGCAUACUUUAGUAAGAAACACAGAUAUCAAUUUGUCAAGCAAUGAUGAAAACAAAAAUGUUAUUCGACCAGGAGGAAAAGGUUGGAAACCAGCAAAAGAAGAUAAGAAACCGUUUGUUAGCUUUUUUGUUGGUGAUUCUUUGAGGUAUGGUGCAUCUAUACAUCUAGGCAAGGCUAAAGAUAUUAAAAGUUUUGAUGUUAUUCUAAGUGGAGGUGAAAAUAAUAAGAAAUAUAUGGCAAACUUAAAAGGAAGUGUAGUUAAAAUUCCAUUUGGCACCACAUCAACAACUGUAAAGAUCUCUUUCAAAGGGGUUCCAGGUGAUUGUGACAUGGCUGUGACAGUAUCUAUAAAGGGGUGCUUUGAAUCACUAACUACAACACCACUUCCAACAUCAACAGCACAACCAACAACAGCAACAGAGUCUUGGUGUGUAUUCAAUGAUGGUUUGGCAGAUCAUACUUUAAUAAGGAACUGGGACAUUAAUUUGUCAAGCAAUGAUGAAAACAAAAAUGUUAUUCGACCAGGAGGAAAAGGUUGGAAACCAGCAAAAGAAGAUAAGAAACCAUUUGUUAGCAUUUUUGUUGGUGACUCUUUGAGGUAUGGUGCAUCUAUACGUCUGGGCAAGGCUAAAGAUAUUAAAAGUUUUGAUGUUAUUCUAAGUGGAGGUGAAAACAAUAAGAAAUUCAAGGAAAAUUUGAAAGACACUGUUGUUAAAAUUCCAUUUGGCACCACAUCGCCUACCAUAAAGAUUUACUUCCAAGGUGUCCCAGGUGACUGUGACAUGGCUGUAACAAUAUCUAUAAAGGGGUGCUUUGAAUCACGAUCUACAACACCUCUUCCAACAUCAACAGCACAACCAACAACAGCAACAGAGUCUUGGUGUGUAUUCAAUGAUGGUUUGGCAGAUCAUACUUUAAUAAGGAACUCGGAUAUUGAUUUGUCAAGCAAUGAUGAAAACAAAAAUGUUAUUCGGCCAGGAGGAAAAGGCUGGAAACCAGCAAAAGAAGAUAAGAAACCAUUUGUUAGCUUUUUUGUUGGUGACUCCUUGAGGUAUGGUGCAUCUGUACGUCUGGGCAAGGCUAAAGAUGUUAAAAGUUUUGAUGUUAUUCUAAGUGGAGGUGAAAACAAUAAGAAAUACAUGGCAAACUUAAAAGACAGUGUUGUUAAAAUCCUAUUUGGUACCACAUCAACAACUGUAAAGAUCUCUUUCAAAGGAGUUCCAGGAGAUUGUAACAUGGCUGUAACAGUAUCUAUAAAGGGAUGCUUUGAAUCACAAUCCACACCUGUUCCAACAACAACACUCCAACCCACAACACAAACAGAAUCCUGGUGUGUAUUCAAUGAUGGUUUGGAAGAUCCCUCAUUAAUAAGGGCGUGGGACAUUAAAUUAUCAAGCAAUGAUAAAAGUCCAGAUGCUAUUCGCCCGGGUAGAAAUGGUUGGAGACCAGAUGAAGGUGAUAUGAAGCGCACAGUAACAAUGUUUGUUGGUGAUGCUUUAAGAUAUGGUGCAUCUAUUCAUCUAUUACGAGCUGUGGGUGUUGCAAAGUUCGAUGUUAUUCUCAGUGGAGGAGAGAAUAAUAGACUUAAGAACAAUGAAAAGGAUGCUAUUGUUAAAAUUCCAUUUGGAACAACAUCAGACACAGUGAAAAUCCAUUUUGUUUCUGAUUCACCAAAAUGCAAAAUGAUAGUUACAGUAUCUUUCAAAGGUUGUUUUGAAUCGAGGUCAACAACACCAGUACCAACAACAAUACUUCCUACAACCACACCUCUACAAACAACCACACCUAUUCCAACAACGCCACAACCAACAACACAAACUGAAUCCUGGUGCAUAUUCAAUGAUGGUUUGGAAGAUGUCUCAUUAAUACGAGCUUGGGACAUUAAAUUAUCAAGCAAUGAUGAGAAUCCAGAUGCUAUUCGCCCAGGUAGAAAAGGCUGGAGACCAGAUGAAGGUGAUAUGAAGCGCACAGUAACUAUGUUUGUUGGUGAUGCUUUAAGAUAUGGUGCAUCUAUUCAUCUAUUACGAGCUGUAGGUGUUGCAAAGUUUGAUAUAAUUCUCAGUGGAGGAGAGAAUAAUAGAUUUAAGAAUAAUGAAAAGGAUGCUAUUGUUAAAAUUCCAUUUGGAACAACAUCAGACACAGUGAAAAUCCAUUUUGUUUCUGAUUCACCAAACUGCAAAAUGAUAGUUACAGUAUCUUUCAAAGGUUGUUUUGAAUCAAGGUCAACAACACCACUACCCACAACAAUACUUCCAACAACCACACCUCUGCCAACAACCACACCUGUUCCAACAACAACGCUCCAACCCACAACACAAACAGAAUCUUGGUGUGUAUUCAAUGAUGGUUUGGAAGAUGCCUCAUUCAUAAGGGCUUGGGACAUUAAAUUGUCAAGCAAUGAUGAAAAUCCUGAUGCUAUUCGCCCAGGUAGAAAAGGCUGGAAACCUGAUGCAAGUGAUAACAAGUGCACAGUAACAUUGUUUGUUGGUGAUGCUUUAAGAUAUGGUGCAUCUAUUCAUUUAUUAAGAGCUGUAGGUGUUGCAAAGUUUGAUGUUAUUCUCAGUGGUGGAGAGAAUAAGAGAUUUAAGGUGACCACACCUGUUCCAACAACAACGCUCCAACCCACAACACAAACAGAAUCUUGGUGUGUAUUCAAUGAUGGUUUGGAAGAUGCCUCAUUCAUAAGGGCUUGGGACAUUAAAUUGUCAAGCAAUGAUGAAAAUCCUGAUGCUAUUCGCCCAGGUAGAAAAGGCUGGAAACCUGAUGCAAGUGAUAACAAGUGCACAGUAACAUUGUUUGUUGGUGAUGCUUUAAGAUAUGGUGCAUCUAUUCAUUUAUUAAGAGCUGUAGGUGUUGCAAAGUUUGAUGUUAUUCUCAGUGGUGGAGAGAAUAAGAGAUUUAAGAACAAUGAAAAGGAUGCUGUCGUUAAAAUUCCAUUUGGAACAAUAUCAGACAUAGUGAAAAUCCAUUUUGUUUCUGAUUCACCAAACUGCAAAAUGAUUGUGACAGUAUCUUUCAAAGGUUGUUUUGAAUCAAAGUCAACAACUCCACUACCAACAACAACAGUGCUUCCUACAACCACACCGCUACUAACAACCACACCUAUCCCAACAACAACACUACAACCCACAACACAAACAGAGUCCUGGUGUGUAUUCAAUGAUGGUUUGGAAGAUCCCUCAUUAAUCAGGGCCUGGGACAUUAAAUUAUCAAGCAACGAUGAAAAUCCAGAUGUUAUUCGGCCUGGUUUCAAAGGCUGGAAACCUGCUGCAAGUGAUAAUAAGCGCACAGUAACAAUGUUUGUUGGUGAUGCUUUAAGAUAUGGUGCAUCUAUUCAUUUAUUAAGAGCUGUAGGUGUUGCAAAGUUUGAUGUUAUUCUCAGUGGUGGAGAGAAUAAGAGAUUUAAGAAUAAUGCAAAGGAUGCUAUUGUUAAAAUUCCAUUUGGUACAACAUCAAACACAGUAAAAAUCCACUUUAAAGCUGUUUCACCCAACUCCAGAAUGAUAGUCACAGUAUCUAUCAAAGGCUGUUUUGAAUCAGCAUCAACAACACCACUACCAACAACAACAGUACUUCCUACAACCACACCACUGCUAACAACCACACUUAUCCCAACAACAACUCUACAACCCACAACACAAACAGAAUCCUGGUGUGUAUUCAGUGAUGGUUUGGAAGAUCCCUCAUUAAUCAGGGCCUGGGACAUUAAAUUAUCAAGCAACGAUGAAAAUCCAGAUGUUAUUCGGCCUGGUUUCAAAGGCUGGAGACCAGCUGCAAGUGAUAAUAAGCGCACAGUAACAAUGUUUGUUGGUGAUGCUUUAAGAUACGGUGCAUCUAUUCAUUUAUUAAGAGUUGUAGGUGUUGCAAAGUUUGAUGUUAUUCUCAGUGGUGGAGAGAAUAAGAGAUUUAAGAAUAAUGCAAAGGACGAUAUUGUUAAGAUUCCAUUUGGUACAACAUCAAGCACAGUGAAAAUCCAUUUUAAAGCUGUUUCACCAAAUAACAGAAUGGUUGUUACAGUAUCUUUCAAAGGCUGUUUCGAAUCACAGUCAACAACACCAGUACCAACAACGACUAUUCCUACAACUACACUUCUGCCAACAACCACACUUAUUCCAACAACGACACAACAAAUAACAACACAAACAGAGUCCUGGUGUGUAUUCAACGAUGGUUUGGAAGAUCCCUCAUUAAUAAGGGCCUGGAACAUUAAAUUAUCAAGCAAUGAUGAAAAUCCAGAUGUUAUUCGGCCUGGUUUCAAAGGCUGGAAACCUGCUGCAAGUGAUAACAAGCGCACAGUAACGAUGUUUGUUGGUGAUGCUUUAAAAUAUGGUGCAUCUAUUCAUCUCUUACGAUCUAAAUGUGUUGCAAAGUUUGAUGUUAUUCUCAGUGGUGGAGAGAAUAAGAGAUUCAAGAAUAAUGCAAAGGAUGAUAUUGUUAAAAUUCCAUUUGGUACAACAUCAAACACAGUGAAAAUCCAUUUUAGAGUUGUUUCACCCAACUGCAGAAUGUUAAUCACAGUAUCUUUUGAAGGAUGUUUUGAAUCAGCAUCAACAACACCAGUACCAACAACAACGAUUCCUACAACCACACCUCUGCUAACAACCACACCUUUUCCAACAACAUUACAACCCACAACACAAACAGAAUCCUGGUGUGUAUUCAGUGAUGGUUUGGAAGAUCCCUCGUUAAUAAGAGCCUGGAACAUAAAAUUAUCAAGCAAUGAUGAAAAUCCAGAUGUUAUUCGCCCUGGUUUCAAAGGCUGGAAACCUGCUGCAAGUGAUAACAAGCGCACAGUAACAUUGUUUGUUGGUGAUGCUUUAAGAUAUGGUGCAUCUAUUCAUCUCUUACGAUCCAAAGGUGUUGCUAAAUUUGAUGUUAUUCUCAGUGGUGGGGAGAAUAAGAGAUUUAAGAAUAAUGCAAAGGAUGACAUUGUUAAAAUUCCAUUUGGUACAACAUCAAACACUGUGAAAAUCCACUUUAAAGCAGUCUCACCAAAUCACAGAAUGCUGAUCACAGUUUCUUUCAAAGGAUGUUUUGAAUCACAAUCAACAACACCACUACCAACAACAACAUUGCUUCCUACUUCUACACCUCUAGCAACAACCACACCUAUUCCAACAACAACACUGCAACCCACAACACAAACAGAAUCCUGGUGUGUAUUUAGCGAUGGUUUGGAAGAUCCCUCAUUAAUAAGGGCCUGGAACAUUAAAUUGUCAAGCAAUGAUGAAAAUCCAGAUGUUAUUCGGCCUGGUUUUAAAGGCUGGAAACCUGCUGCAAGUGAUAAUAAGCGCACAGUAACAAUGUUUGUUGGUGAUGCUUUAAGAUAUGGUGCAUCUAUUCAUCUCUUACGAUCCAAAGGUGUUGCUAAAUUUGAUGUUAUUCUCAGUGGUGGAGAGAAUAAGAGAUUUAAGAAUAAUGCAAAGGAUGACAUUGUUAAAAUUCCAUUCGGUGCAACAUCAAGCACAGUGAAAAUCCAUUUUAGAGCUGUUUCACCAAAUCACAGAAUGUCAAUCACAGUAUCUUUUAAAGGAUGUUUCGAAUCAGCAUCAACAACACCAGUUCCAACCACAACAAUUCCUACAACCACACCUCUACUAACCACAACACCUAUUCCAACAACAACUCAACAAAUAACAACACAAACAGAAUCUUGGUGUGUAUUCAAUGAUGGUUUGGAAGAUCCCUCGUUAAUAAGAGCCUGGAACAUUAAAUUAUCAAGCAAUGAUGAAAAUCCAGAUGUUAUUCGCCCUGGUUUUAAAGGCUGGAAACCUGUUGCAAGUGAUAACAAGCGCACAGUAACAAUAUUUGUUGGUGAUGCUUUAAGAUAUGGUGCAUCUAUUCAUCUCUUACGAUCCAAAGGUGUUGCUAAAUUUGACGUUAUUCUAAGUGGUGGGGAGAAUAAAAGAUUUAAGAAUAAUGCAAAGGAUGAUAUUGUCAAAAUUCCAUUUGGUACAACAUCAAACACAGUGAAAAUACAUUUUAGAGCUGUUUCACCAAAUCGCAGAAUGCUAAUCACAGUAUCUUUUAAUGGAUGCUUUGAAUCAGGAUCAACAACACUAGCUCCAACAACAAUAAUUCCUACAACAACACCCCUAUUAACAACCACACCUAUUCCAACAACAACACAACAAAUAACAACACAAACAGAAUCCUGGUGUGUAUUUAGCGAUGGUUUGGAAGAUCCCUCAUUAAUAAGGGCUUGGAACAUUAAAUUAUCAAGCAAUGAUGAAAAUCCAGAUGUUAUUCGGCCUGGUUUCAAAGGCUGGAAACCUGCUGCAAGUGAUAACAAGCGCACAGUAACAAUGUUUGUUGGUGAUGCUUUAAGAUAUGGUGCAUCGAUUCAUCUCUUACGAUCCAAAGGUGUUGCUAAAUUUGACGUUAUUCUAAGUGGUGGGGAGAAUAAAAGAUUUAAGAAUAAUGCAAAGGAUGAUAUUGUUAAAAUUCCGUUUGGUACAACAUCAAACACAGUGAAAAUCCAUUUUAGAGCCGGUUCACCAAAUCGCAGAAUGUUAAUCACAGUAUCUUUUAAUGGAUGCUUUGAAUCAGGAUCAACAACACUAGCCCCAACAACAAUAAUUCCUACAACAACACCUCUAUUAACAACCACACCUAUUCCUACAACAACACAACAAAUAACAACACAAACAGAAUCCUGGUGUGUAUUUAGCGAUGGUUUGGAAGAUCCCUCAUUAAUAAGGGCUUGGAACAUUAAAUUAUCAAGCAAUGAUGAAAAUUCAGAUGUUAUUCGGCCUGGUUUCAAAGGCUGGAAACCUGCUGCAAGUGAUAAUAAGCGCACAGUAACAAUGUUUGUUGGUGAUGCUUUAAGAUAUGGUGCAUCUAUUCAUCUCUUACGAUCCAAAGGUGUUGCUAAGUUUGACGUUAUUCUAAGUGGUGGGGAGAAUAAAAGAUUUAAGAAUAAUGCAAAGGAUGAUAUCGUUAAGAUUCCAUUUGGUACAACAUCAAACACAGUGAAAAUCCAUUUUAGAGCCGGUUCACCAAAUCGCAGAAUGUUAAUCACAGUAUCUUUUAAUGGAUGCUUUGAAUCAGGAUCAACAACACUAGCUCCAACAACAAUAAUUCCUACAACAACACCCCUAUUAACAACCACACCUAUUCCUACAACAACACAACAAAUAACAACACAAACAGAAUCCUGGUGUGUAUUUAGCGAUGGUUUGGAAGAUCCCUCGUUAAUAAGGGCCUGGAACAUUAAAUUGUCAAGCAAUGAUGAAAAUCCAGAUGUUAUUCGGCCUGGCUUCAAAGGCUGGAAACCUGCUGCAAGUGAUAACAAGCGCACAGUAACAUUGUUUGUUGGUGAUGCUUUAAGAUAUGGUGCAUCUAUUCAUCUCUUACGAUCCAAAGGUGUUGCUAAAUUUGAUGUUAUUCUCAGUGGUGGGGAGAAUAAGAGAUUUAAGAAUAAUGCAAAAGAUGACAUUGUUAAAAUUCCAUUUGGUACAACAUCAAACACUGUGAAAAUCCACUUUAAAGCUGUUUUACCAAAUCGCAGAAUGUUAAUCACAGUAUCUUUUGAAGGAUGUUUUGAAUCAGCAUCAACAACACCAAUUCCAACAACGACAAUUCCUACAACCACACCUCUGCUAACAACCACACCUAUUCCAACAACAACGCAACAAAUAACAACACAAACAGAAUCCUGGUGUAUAUUCAAUGAUGGUUUGGAAGAUCCCUCAUUAAUAAGGGCUUGGAACAUUAAAUUAUCAAGCAAUGAUGAAAAUCCAGAUGUUAUUCGCCCUGGUUUCAAAGGCUGGAAACCUGCUGCAAGUGAUAAGAAGCUCACAGUUACAAUGUUUGUUGGUGAUGCUUUAAGAUAUGGUGCAUCUAUUCAUCUCUUACGAUCCAAAGGUGUUGCAAAGUUUGAUGUUAUUCUCAGUAGUGGAGAGAAUAAGAGAUUCAAAAAUAAUGCAAAGAAUGACAUUGUCAAAAUUCCAUUUGGUACAACAUCAACCACAGUGAAAAUCCACUUUAAAGCUGUUUCACCAAAUCACAGAAUGUUAAUCACAGUAUCUUUUGAAGGUUGUUUUGAAUCUGAGUCAACAACACCACCACCGACAACAACAAUUCCUACAACUACACCUCUGCUAACAACCACUCCUAUUCCAACAACAACACAACAAAUAACAACUCAAACAGAAUCCUGGUGUGUAUUCAAUGAUGGUUUGGAAGAUCCCUCGUUAAUAAGGGCCUGGAACAUUAAAUUGUCAAGCAAUGAUGAAAAUCCAGAUGUUAUUCGGCCUGGUUUCGAAGGUUGGAAACCUACUGUCAGUGAUAAGAAACACACAGUAACGAUGUUUGUUGGUGAUGCUUUAAGAUAUGGUGCAUCUAUUCAUCUCUUACGAUCUAGAGGUGUUGCAAAGUUUGAUGUUAUUCUCAGUGGUGGAGAGAAUAAGAGAUUCAAGAAUAAUGCAAAGAAUGACAUUGUCAAAAUUCCAUUUGGUACAACAUCGAACACAGUGAAAAUCCACUUUAAAGCUGUUUCACCAAAUCGCAGAAUGUUAAUCACAGUAUCUGUUGAAGGUUGUUUUGAAUCUGAGUCAACAACACCAGUACCAACAACAACAAUUCCUACAACAACACCACUGCCAACAACCACACCUAUUCCCACAACAACACAACAAAUAACAACACAAACAGAAUCCUGGUGUGUAUUCAACGAUGGUUUGGAAGAUACCUCAUUAAUAAGGGCUUGGAACAUUAAAUUAUCAAGCAAUGAUGAAAAUCCAGAUGUUAUUCGGCCUGGUUUCAAAGGCUGGAAACCUACUGUCAGUGAUAAGAAACACACAGUAACGAUGUUUGUUGGUGAUGCUUUAAGAUAUGGUGCAUCUAUUCAUCUAUUACGAUCUAGAGGUGUUGCUAAGUUUGAUGUUAUUCUCAGUGGUGGAGAGAAUAAGAGAUUCAAGAAUAAUGCAAAGAAUGACAUUGUCAAAAUUCCAUUUGGUACAACAUCAACCACUGUGAAAAUCCACUUUAAAGCUGUUUCACCAAAUCGCAGAAUGUUAAUCACAGUAUCUUUUGAAGGAUGUUUUGAAUCUGAAUCAACAACACCAGUUCCAACCACAACAAUUCCAACAACAACAAUGCUUCCUACAACUACACCUCUACCGACAACCACACCUAUUCCAACAACAACGAUGCCACCAACAACACAAACAGAGUCCUGGUGUGUGAUGAAUGAUGGUUUAGCUGAUGCUUCAUUGAUAAGAAGUUGGAACAUUAAGACUUCAAGCAAUCAAGAACAUGUAAAUUCCAUCAGACCAGGUGGAAAAGGUUGGAAACCUGAUGUCAGUGACAAAAAACGUACUGUAACAAUUUUUGUUGGAGAUGCUUUAAGAUAUGGUGCAACAAUAAGAUUACCCCGUGCCAAAUAUGUGGAGAAGUUUGAUGUGAUACUCUCUGAUGGAAAGAAUACCAAAAAUAUACGAAAUAAUGAACCUGAUGCUAUUAUCAAGAUACCGUAUGGUACCACAGUCAACAGUGUAAAAUUACGAUUUCACUCUGUAAAACCAGAUUGCCGGAUUGUUGUAACGGUAUCAAUUCUUGGAUGUUUUGAAUCACAGUCUACAACAGAAGCAGCAACAACAGCUACAGAAUCCUGGUGUGUGAUGAAUGAUGGUUUAGCUGAUGCUUCAUUGAUAAGAAGUUGGGACAUUAAGACUUCAAGCAAUCAAGAACAUGUAAAUUCCAUCAGACCAGGUGGAAAAGGUUGGAAACCUGAUGUCAGUGACAAAAAACGUACUGUAACAAUUUUUGUUGGAGAUGCUUUAAGAUAUGGAGCAACAAUAAGAUUACCCCGUGCCAAAUAUGUGGAGAAGUUUGAUGUGAUACUCAGUGAUGGACAGACUACCAAACAAAUACGAAACAAUAAUCCUGAUGCUAUUAUCAAGAUACCUUUUGGUACCACAGUCAACAAUGUAAAAUUACGAUUUCACUCUGUUAAACCAGAAUGCCAGAUAGCUGUAACAGUAUCAAUUCUUGGAUGUUUUGUAUCACAAUCUACAACUGAAGCAGCAACAACAGCAACAGAAUCCUGGUGUGUGAUGAAUGAUGGUUUAGCUGAUGCUUCAUUGAUAAGAAGUUGGGACAUUAAGACUUCAAGCAAUCAAGAACAUGUAAAUUCCAUCAGACCAGGUGGAAAAGGCUGGAAACCUGAUGCCAGUGACACUAAACGUACUGUAACAAUUUUUGUUGGAGAUGCUUUAAGAUAUGGAGCAACAAUAAGAUUACCCCGUGCCAAAUAUGUGGAGAAGUUUGAUGUGAUACUCAGUGAUGGAAAGAAUACCAAACACAUUCGGAACAACAAACCUGAUGCUAUUAUCAAAAUACCUUUUGGUACCACUGUCAACAGUAUAAAAAUACGAUUUCACUCUGUUAAACCAGAUUGCCAUAUAGUAGUAACAGUAUCAAUUCUUGGAUGUUUUGAAUCACAAUCUACAACAGAAGCAGUAACAACAGCUACAGAAUCCUGGUGUGUGAUGAAUGAUGGCUUAGCUGAUGCUUCGUUGAUAAGAAGUUGGAACAUUAAGACUUCAAGCAAUCAAGAACAUGUAAAUUCCAUCAGACCAGGUGGAAAAGGCUGGAAACCUGAUCUCAGUGACACUAAACGUACUGUAACAAUUUUUGUUGGAGAUGCUUUAAGAUAUGGUGCAACAAUAAGAUUACCCCGUGCCAAAUAUGUGGAGAAGUUUGAUGUGAUACUCUCUGAUGGACAGAAUACCAAGCAUAUACGAAACAACAAGCCUGACUCUAUUAUCAAGAUACCUUUUGGUACCACAGUCAAUAGUAUAAAACUACGGUUUUACUCUGUUAAACCAGAUUGUCAGAUAGCUGUAACAGUAUCAAUUCUUGGAUGUUUUGAAUCACAAUCUACAACUGAAGCAGCAACAACAGCAACAGAGUCCUGGUGUGUGAUGAAUGAUGGCUUAGCUGAUGCUUCAUUGAUAAGAAGUUGGGACAUUAAGACUUCAAGCAAUCAAGAACAUGUAAAUUCCAUCAGACCAGGUGGAAAAGGCUGGAAACCUGAUGCCAGUGACACUAAACGUACUGUAACAAUUUUUGUUGGAGAUGCUUUAAGAUAUGGUGCAACAAUAAGAUUACCCCGUGCCAAAUAUGUGGAGAAAUUUGAUGUGAUACUCAGUGAUGGAAAGAAUACCAAGCAUAUACGAAACAACAAACCUGAUGCUAUUAUCAAGAUACCUUUUGGUACCACAGUAAGCAGUGUAAAAUUACGAUUUCACUCUGUUAAACCAGAUUGCCGGAUAGCUGUAACAGUAUCAAUUCUUGGAUGUUUUGUAUCACAAUCGACAACUGAAGCAGCAACAACAGCUACAGAAUCCUGGUGUGUGAUGAAUGAUGGCUUAGCUGAUGCCUCAUUGAUAAGAAGUUGGGACAUUAAGACUUCAAGCAAUCAAGAACAUGUAAAUUCCAUCAGACCUGGUGGAAAAGGAUGGAAACCUGACGUCAGUGACAAAAAACGUACUGUAACAAUUUUUGUUGGAGAUGCUUUAAGAUAUGGUGCAACAAUAAGAUUACCCCGUGCCAAAUAUGUGGAGAAAUUUGAAGUGAUACUCUCUGAUGGACAGAAUUCCAAGCAUAUGCGAAACAUUAAACCUGAUGCUAUUAUCAAGAUACCUUUCGGCACCACAGUCAACAGUGUAAAAUUACGAUUUCACUCUGUUAAACCAGAUUGCCAAAUAGCUGUAACAGUAUCAAUUCUUGGAUGUUUUGAAUCACAAUCUACAACUGAAGCAGCAACAACAGCUACAGAAUCCUGGUGUGUGAUGAAUGAUGGUUUAGCUGAUGCUUCAUUGAUAAGAAGUUGGGACAUUAAGACUUCAAGCAAUCAAGAACAUGUAAAUUCCAUCAGACCAGGUGGAAAAGGCUGGAAACCUGAUGUCAGUGACAAAAAACGUACUGUAACAAUUUUUGUUGGAGAUGCUUUAAGAUAUGGUGCAACAGUAAGAUUACCUCGUGCCAAAUAUGUGGAGAAGUUUGAUGUGAUACUCUCUGAUGGACAGGUAAAUUGUAAACUAAUUUAUAAAUCUACAACUGAAGCAGCAACAACAGCUACAGAAUCCUGGUGUGUGAUGAAUGAUGGUUUAGCUGAUGCUUCAUUAAUAAGAAGUUGGGACAUUAAGACUUCAAGCAAUCAAGAACAUGUAAAUUCCAUCAGACCUGGUGGAAAAAGCUGGAAACCUCAUCUCAAUGAUACUAAACGUACUGUAACAAUUUUUGUUGGAGAUGCUUUAAGAUAUGGUGCAACAAUAAGAUUACCCCGUGCCAAAUAUGUGGAGAAGUUUGAUGUGAUACUCUCUGAUGGACGGAAUUCCAUGCAUAUACGAAACAAUAAACCUGAUGCUAUUAUCAAGAUACCUUUUGGUACCACAGUAAACAGUGUCAAAUUACGAUUUCAUUCUGUUAAACCAGAAUGUCAGAUAGCUGUGACAGUAUCAAUUCUUGGAUGUUUUGAAUCACAAUCUACAACUAAAGCAGCAACAACAGCUACAGAAUCCUGGUGUGUAAUGAAUGAUGGUUUAGCUGAUGCCUCAUUGAUAAGAAGUUGGAAUAUUAAGACUUCAAGCAAUCAAGAACAUGUGAAUUCUAUCAGACCUGGUGGAAAAGGCUGGAAACCUGAUGUCAGUGACAAAAAACGUACUGUAACAAUUUUUGUUGGAGAUGCUUUAAGAUAUGGUGCAACAAUAAGAUUACCCCGUGCCAAAUAUGUGGAGAAAUUUGAUGUGAUGCUCUCUGAUGGAAAGAAUACCAAGCAUAUACGAAAUAACAAACCUGAUACUAUUAUCAAGAUACCUUUUGGCACCACAGUCAACAGCAUAAAAUUACGAUUUUACUCUGUUAAACCAGAUUGUCAGAUUGUUGUAACAGUAUCAAUUCUUGGAUGUUUUGAAUUACAAUCUACAACUGAAGCAGCAACAACGGCUACAGAAUCCUGGUGUGUAAUGAAUGAUGGCUUAGCUGAUGCUUCAUUAAUAAGAAGUUGGGACAUUAAGACUUCAAGCAAUCAAGAACAUGUAAAUUCCAUCAGACCUGGCGGAAAAGGCUGGAAACCUGAUGUCAGUGACAAAAAACGUACUGUAACAAUUUUUGUUGGAGAUGCUUUAAGAUAUGGUGCAACAAUAAGAUUACCCCGUGCCAAAUAUGUGGAGAAGUUUGAUGUGAUACUCUCUGAUGGACAGAAUUCCAAGCAUAUACGAAACAAUAAUCCUGAUGCUAUUAUCAAGAUAGCUUUUGGUACCACUGUCAACAGUGUAAAAUUACAAUUUCACUCUGUUAAACCAGAUUGUCAGAUAGUUGUAACAGUAUCAAUUCUUGGAUGUUUUGAAUCGCAAUCUACAACUGAAACCGCAACAACAGCAACAGAGUCCUGGUGUGUGAUGAAUGAUGGUUUAGCUGAUGCUUCAUUGAUAAGAAGUUGGGACAUUAAGACUUCAAGCAAUCAAGAACAUGUAAAUUCCAUCAGACCAGGUGGAAAAGGCUGGAAACCUGAUGUCAGUGACAAAAAACGUACUGUAACAAUUUUUGUUGGAGAUGCUUUAAGAUAUGGUGCAACAAUAAGAUUACCUCGCGCCAAAUAUGUGGAGAAAUUUGAUGUGAUACUCAGUGAUGGAAAGAAUAUCAAGCAUAUACGAAAUAAUGAGCCUGAUGCUAUUAUCAAGAUACCAUUUGGUACCACAGUCAACAGUGUAAAAUUACAAUUUCAUUCUGUUAAACCAGAUUGUCAGAUAGUUGUAACAGUAUCAAUUCUUGGAUGUUUUGAAUCACAAUCUACAACUGAAGCAGCAACAACAGCUACAGAAUCCUGGUGUGUGAUGAAUGAUGGUUUAGCUGACGCUUCAUUAAUAAGAAGUUGGGACAUUAAGACUUCAAGCAAUCAAGAACAUGUAAAUUCCAUCAGACCAGGUGGAAAAGGCUGGAAACCUGAUGCCAGUGACACUAAACGUACUGUAACAAUUUUUGUUGGAGAUGCUUUAAGAUAUGGUGCAACAAUAAGAUUACCCCGUGCCAAAUAUGUGGAGAAGUUUGAUGUGAUACUCAGUGAUGGAAAGAAUACCAAACACAUUCGGAACAACAAACCUGAUGCUAUUAUCAAAAUACCUUUUGGCACCACAGUCAACAGUAUAAAAUUGAGAUUUUAUUCUGUUAAACCAGAUUGCCAAAUAGCUGUAACAGUAUCAAUUCUUGGAUGCUUUGAAUCACAAUCUACAACUGAAGCAGCAACAACAGCCACAGAGUCCUGGUGUGUGAUGAAUGAUGGUUUAGCUGAUGCUUCAUUGAUAAGAAGUUGGGACAUUAAGACUUCAAGCAAUCAAGAACAUGUAAAUUCCAUCAGACCAGGUGGAAAAGGCUGGAAACCUGAUCUCAGUGACACUAAACGAAUGGUAACAAUUUUUGUUGGAGAUGCUUUAAGAUAUGGUGCAACAAUAAGAUUACCUCGUGCCAAAUAUGUUGAGAAGUUUGAUGUGAUACUCUCUGAUGGACAGAAUACCAAGCAUCUACGAAAUAACAAACCUGAUGCUAUUAUCAAGAUACCUUUUGGUACCACAGUAAGCAGUGUAAAAUUACAAUUUCAUUCUGUUAAACCAGAGUGCCAGAUAGCUGUGACAGUAUCAAUUCUUGGAUGUUUUGAAUCACAUUCUACAACUGAAGCAGUAACAACAGCUACAGAGUCCUGGUGUGUGAUGAAUGAUGGUUUAGCUGAUGCUUCAUUAAUAAGAAGUUGGGACAUUAAAACUUCAAGCAAUCAAGAACAUGUAAAUUCCAUCAGACCUGGCGGAAAAGGCUGGAAACCUGAUCUCAGUGACACUAAACGUACUGUAACAAUUUUUGUUGGAGAUGCUUUAAGAUAUGGUGCAACAAUAAGAUUAUCCCAUGCGAAAUAUGUGGAGAAAUUUGAUGUGAUACUCAGUGAUGGACAGAAUACCAAACGUUUACAAAACAAUAGCCCUGAUGCUAUUAUCAAGAUACCUUUUGGUACCACAGUCAACAGUGUAAAAUUACAAUUUCACUCUGUCAAACCAGAAUGUCAGAUAGCUGUGACAGUAUCAAUUCUUGGAUGUUUUGAAUCACAAUCUACAACUGAAGCAGCAACAACAGCUACAGAAUCAUGGUGUGUGAUGAAUGAUGGUUUAGCUGAUGCCUCAUUGAUAAGAAGUUGGGACAUUAAGACUUCAAGCAAUCAAGAACAUGUAAAUUCCAUCAGACCUGGUGGAAAAGGCUGGAAACCUGAUGCCAGUGACACUAAACGUACUGUAACAAUUUUUGUGGGAGAUGCUUUAAGAUAUGGAGCAACAAUGAGAUUACCCCAUGCGAAAUAUGUUGAGAAAUUUGAUGUGAUACUCUCUGAUGGCCAGAAUACCAAGCAUAUACAAAACAACAAACCUGAUGCUCUUAUCAAGAUACCUUUUGGUACCACUGUCAACAGUGUAAAAUUACAAUUUUACUCUGUUAAACCAGAAUGCCAGAUAGUUGUAACAGUAUCAAUUCUUGGAUGUUUUGAAGCACAACCAACAACUCAGGGAGCAACAGCUACAGAGUCCUGGUGUGUGAUGAAUGAUGGUUUAGCUGAUGCUUCAUUGAUAAGAAGUUGGGACAUUAAGACUUCAAGCAAUCAAGAACAUGUAAAUUCCAUCAGACCAGGUGGAAAAGGCUGGAAACCUGAUCUCAGUGACACUAAACGUACUGUAACAAUUUUUGUGGGAGAUGCUUUAAGAUAUGGUGCAACAAUAAGAUUACCCCAUGCAAAAUAUGUGGAGAAAUUUGAUGUGAUACUCUCUGAUGGCCAGAAUACAAAGAAUAUACGAAACAAUAAUCCUGAUGCUAUUAUCAAAAUACCUUUUGGUACCACUGUCAACAGUAUAAAGUUACAAUUUUACUCUGUUAAACCAGAAUGCCAGAUAGUUGUGACAGUAUCAAUCCUUGGAUGUUUUGAAUCACAGUCUACAACAAUAGCUGCAACAACCACUACAGGGUCCUGGUGUGUGAUGAAUGAUGGUUUAGCUGAUGCCUCAUUGAUAAGAAGUUGGGACAUUAAGACUUCAAGCAAUCAAGAACAUGUAAAUUCCAUCAGACCUGGUGGAAAAGGAUGGAAACCCGAUGUCAGUGACAAAAAUCCUACUGUAACAAUUUUUGUUGGAGAUGCUUUAAGAUAUGGUGCAACACUAAGAUUACCCCAUGCGAAAUAUGUGGAGAAAUUUGAUGUGAUACUCUCUGAUGGGCAGAAUUCCAUGCACAUGUCAAACAAUAAACCUGAUGCUAUUAUCAAGAUACCUUUUGGUACCACAGUAAACAGUGUCAAAUUACGAUUUCAUUCUGUUAAACCAGAAUGCCAGAUAGCUGUGACAGUAUCAAUUCUUGGAUGUUUUGAAUCACAAUCUACAACCGAAGCAGCAGCAAUAGCUACAGAAUCCUGGUGUGUGAUGAAUGAUGGUUUAGCUGAUGCCUCAUUGAUAAGAAGUUGGGACAUUAAGACUUCAAGCAAUCAAGAACAUGUAAAUUCCAUCAGACCAGGUGGAAAAGGCUGGAAACCUGAUCUCAGUGACACUAAACGUACUGUAACAAUUUUUGUUGGAGAUGCUUUAAGAUAUGGAGCAACAAUAAGAUUACCCCAUGCAAAAUAUGUGGAGAAAUUUGAUGUGAUACUCUCUGAUGAACAGAACACCAAACCUCUUCACAACAACAAACCCGAUGCUAUUAUCAAGAUACCUUUUGGUACCACAGUCAAUAGUAUAAAACUACGGUUUUACUCUGUUAAACCAGAUUGCCAAUUAGUUGUAACAGUAUCAAUUCUUGGAUGUUUUGAAUUACAGCCAUGCAAAAUUGUUGAUGGAAUGUCUAGCUCUGAGUACAUCCCAAGCAGCUCCAUUAAGGUAUCCAGCAACCCAAGAUACGUCAAUGCAUUGAGACCCUUCAGAGAUGGCUGGAAAUCUGAUGAGAGAGAUCACAAGCGAACUAUUACUAUCAAUGUUGGAAAUGCAUUUGUGAAGGGUGGUCAUAUCAAGUUAAAAAAAAGUAAAUUUGUUGCAAAUUUCGAUGUUAUUUUUGAUGGAAAUCACAGCAUUAAGGGAAAUAAACCUGGACAAACUAUUACAAUACCACGUGGAACUAAAUAUGAAAAGGUUACUUUGAAAUUCUAUCCAACUGAAAACUGUAGUGUCAUUGUGGCAAUUUCUAUCAAAGCUUGCUUCAAAGAAAAAUCUAAAGGCCAGUAUAUAGAAGAACCUGUCACCGGAAGAGCACCAGAUGUUAUACCAAACGAACUAGUUUCCACUGGAGAAGCUGAGAAACAAGUAGAACCUGCUCCUCUUUCUCGUUCAGUAUGCACAUUUGACAAAUGUACAUUCAUGAGAGAAUUUGGCUUCGACGGUCCACACAUAGUUGGUUGGAUUGAGAAAGACGGCAUUGAGGGUAUUACAAAUGAAACUGAAGUGGUUUAUAUGGAGGAAAAACUAGAAGAGGGUGUUGUUAUCAAUGUUGCUUGUACUCAAUGUUUAUGUAAAAAUGGAAAUAUAACAUGUGAUCAUAAGAUAUGUGAGGGAUGUAUGUAUUCUGGAUGGCAGGGUUGGAGUUCUUGCAGCAAAACCUGUGAUAAUGGAUUUAAAAUUAGAACUAGGGGAAAACAUGUUGGCAAAGGGAAUGAACCAUGUAAUCUUCCAUUAUCUGAAAUUCAAGAUUGCAAUAUAAAGAUAUGUCACGCUGAAACCGUUUGGUCUUCUUGGAGUAGUUGGAGUCCCUGCAUUAUUUCUAAACAAGAUGCAGUUGGUUCGUCUAUACGUAAGCGUACAUGCCAUCGAGGAAUUGACGAUGAAUGUGCUGGAGAAGUUUUACAGACCAUGCCCUGUCAAUCAAAAGUCAAGACAACCAAAACAUGUACUGGCGGCAGUGUUUGGUCUGAAUGUAGUAACCGCUGCCCAAUAACAUGUCUAGAUGCUCGUCGAGAAGUCUGUGUUGAAUCUGAUGAAUGUAUUCCUGGUUGUCAUUGUCCAGCUGGUCAAGUACAGUUAUUAGGACAAUGUGUUCCUAUAGAUAAAUGUCCUUGUUAUAACAUUGAAGGAAUAUCUGUUUUAAAGAAUCUCAAAGCAUCCAAGACACAUCCUUGUCGAGAAUGCACAUGCAGUAAUAGUGGAAAGAUUGUAUGUCAGGAAAAAUCAAACUGUUGUUUGUGGUCUCCUUGGACUUCAUGGGGAGGUUGCAGUACUUCUUGUGGGAUUGGUAAAAGAUUCAGAUAUAAAACUCUUUUAGGGGGAUCAUCUUCUACCUGUAAAUCAUAUGAAGACGAAUCAGAUGCCUGUGAACUGAAAAAAUGUCCUCCUGAUUGUCAAAUUGAUGGCAAGUUUUAUUACUACAAUGAAAAAAUUAGAGAAGACGAUUGCCAAGUGUGUUACUGUAGAGAAUCUGCAGAAAAAUGUGAACCACUUCCAUUCUCUAAUGCAACUGCUGGUUGGAGUGACUGGACCGAAUGGAGUGGAUGUACUCAAACAUGUCAGGGUGGAAUAAACUAUCGGCUUCGUUAUUGUAAUAAUCCUCUACCACGCUGUGGAGCAGCACCAUGCAAGGGAUUGCCCUUAGAACAGAAAUCUUGUAAUGAAAAGAUAGCAUGCUUUGCUCCUUCCAAUACAACUGAUACAAAGGGAGAGUGUCAAGGAGAAUUGGAAGUUUAUACAACUGAAGAAUCUUGUGAAAGAACAUGCGAAAAUCGAUUUGAAACUAAUAUAUUUGCAUCAUGUAAAAAGAAAAGCCACUGCAUAUGUAAAGACGGUUAUUACAGAAACCAAAAUGAAUGUGUUCCAGGAACAAAGUGUGACGUAUGCCAUAUUAAUGGAACGGUUUAUGAGCAUGGUAGUAUAUGGGAGUCUUCAGCUGGUUGUGAAAUAUGUCAGUGUGUGGGUGGUAAGGCUGUAUGUAAAAGAAUAUGCCCGAUACCGGAAUGCAAUGAGGACGAGAAACUUAUUUAUGAAAAAGAUAAUUGCUGCCCAAAAUGUAAACAUAUUACAGAGGGUACAUGUGGCUUACAUAAAGUCUGGGAUUAUCUGAAAAAUUCAAAUGAUACUUGUCAGUCAGUUGAUAAGAUACAGCUCACCUAUUGCAGUGGCGGUUGUGGAGAUACUAGAUCAUACCCUAUGCUGACAAAUGAUUCAACUGGAACAAGUAGCAACCAUUGCCAUUGUUGUGAAGGAAGCAUUGCUAAAGUAAAUGAAGUAAUUGUCCAGUGUAAGGGGGAAGAGCAGAAAAGAACAAUGUUUUAUCCAGAAUUCUGGUGCUGCAAAUGUACAGAAUGCAAAAAAUAGUAUUCACCAUUCAUUCAUUUAUUGAACACUUCAUGAAAACCUAUUGAUAUUUUUCUUCACCUUAAUUAAUCAUAAUUUAUUAAAUUUUAUAAUUAAAAAAUGAAUAAAGUUUUAAUUUCAAA